AUGUCAGUACUAUUAGUCUCAGCGGGAUAUGACCAUACGAUAAGAUUUUGGGAAGCACUAACGGGAGUAUGUUCGCGAACUAUUCAGCAUUCAGAUUCACAAGUGAAUAGAUUACAAAUCACCAACGAUAAAAAAUUAUUAGCUGCAGCUGGUCAUUUAAACGUAAAAUUGUAUGAUAUAAAUACUACAAAUCCAAACCCAGUAGGUUCAUUCGAAGGUCAUAAGGGGAACGUUACGUCUGUUUCGUUUCAACAAGAUAAUAGAUGGAUGGUAACAUCAAGUGAAGAUGGUACCAUUAAAGUUUGGGAUGUUAGAUCUCCCUCUGUACCUAGAAACUAUAAACAUAAUGCUCCUGUAAAUGAAGUCGUGAUACAUCCAAAUCAAGGUGAACUAAUCUCUUGUGAUAGAGAUGGGAAUAUUAGAAUUUGGGAUCUAGGUGAAAAUCAAUGUACUCAUCAAAUCACCCCUGAGGAGGACGUUUCUUUGGAAUCAUUAUCUAUUGCAAGUGAUGGCUCUAUGCUUGCUGCCGCAAACGAUAGAGGUAAUUGUUAUAUUUGGGAAAUGCCUAAUCAUACAGAUGCAUCUAAUUUGAAACCAGUGAAAACAUUUAGCGCUCAUGAAACAUAUGUGACAAGAGUAUUAUUAUCAUCUGAUGUGAAACAUUUAGCUACAUGUUCAGCCGAUCAAAGUGCAAGAAUAUGGUCUGUGGAAAAUGGAUUCCAAAGAGAAUGUGCAUUAGAAGGUCAUCAACGAUGGGUGUGGGAUUGCGCAUUCAGUGCAGAUAGUGCAUAUUUGGUGACUGCAUCCUCAGAUCAUUAUGUUAGAUUAUGGGAUCUUUCUACAAGAGAAAUUGUGAGACAAUAUGGUGGGCAUCACAAAGGCGCCAUAUGUGUUGCACUCGAUGAUGUCUAA